UGGGCGUCAUAUUUGCAAAUAUUAUUAUUUUAUUUCAAUAAAAAAAAUUGAUAAAUUUUUUUAUUUCAAUUUCAGAUUCAUGAUUCUUAACAUUUUUAUUCCUGCAAUCAAAUCCGUCAUUAUACUCUGAUCAUCAUUGGUGCCUUGAAUAAAUUGUGCAAACCGAAAUCAUAAAGUUCAAAUUAAAAAAUCAAUAUGAUAAUGAAUAAUGAUGACAUUCCAUUGAUUUGAAAAUUCCAUCCACAUCAUCAGUAUUUUCUUUCUCAUUCCGUUUUCAUUUACAAGUGCCUUUUUUCCAUUUAUAUAUAUAUAAAAAUUGUCAAUCACAAUCUGAUAAAUUUUAAUCCUAAAUAACAAUUGAUUUCUACUACAUUUAAACAACAAAAUAGUUGAUAAUAAAAGUCAAUUAGUGGAAUAUAAAAAUAUUUCGAGCUAGUGAUAAUCGCUGGAACAACCUUAUCGACAAUAUCAAUUAUCAUCAUCAUCAUAUUUUACGACUAUUUGACCUUGAUCUGUUUUUAUUUUCAAGAUUUCUUCUUUUUUUUCCACCCAUUUGGCUGUCUCGAUAUAUAUAAGAUUUAAAUAACAAAAACUUUGCCAGAAUGUUUUCAAUCAUUUUUGAUGGAGUUUUUUUUUGUUAAUUUCUAAAGUAACAGCAUUCAUAUUGACAAAUCUCAACUAUUGAAUCAUUUGUUGUGAGAACAUAAAUCAUCCAUAUUGAAUUGCAAUGAUGGCACCAAAAUUACCGCCAAAACCACAACGUGAACAGGCAAAAGUAUUGUUCCGUUAUGAUGCACAAAAUGAUGAUGAGCUUACUAUAAAAGAAGGUGAUAUUAUUACAAUCAUUUCUAAAGAGAAUGAAGAUGCUGGCUGGUGGAAAGGUGAAUUAAAUGGACGUAUAGCAUUAUUUCCGGAUAAUUUUGUUGAAAUUAUUAAACCACCACCGCAACCAAUAAAUGUUGAAGAAUCAACAACAACAACAACAACAUCAUCAUCAUCAUCAUCAUUAUCGAAAUUUUCAUUGAAUCGAGUCAAAAAACCUGAUCGCAAUCAUCAUACGCCGAUUAAUAAUAAUAAUAAUAAAGAUAAAGAUUCGACAAUAGAUAAUAAAGACUCAUCGGCAAACGUCAUUAUAGCUAAUAAUAAAAAUAAUAUCAAAACAAAAAUGUUUCAACAACAAUCUUCAUCAUCAGCAAAUAAUAUAUCAUCGAAUAUGGAUGAUGAUAUUGCCAAAAAUACCAUCAAAUUCUCGACGGCCACCUUCACUUUAUUUUGGUAA